AUGACGUGCAUAGCCUCGGCGUAUACUACCUACCAAAAGUGGUCGACAGAUCCAAUCGUUAUCGUUUAUGCCCCAUUAUUGCUGCCUGUUUCAACUAUUCCGUUCCCGGCGAUCACGAUCUGCCCCUUAGUUAAAACGCGUGCAAAUUUGGUAAACUUAACGGAAGCGCUUGAAAUGAUCUCCAAUAAUAUAACUUUGGAUGACGAAAUCUGGAAGCUAUCUGAGCCGUAUUCAGCGAACAACAUUUCGCAAAUGCUUAACCAGGUUUCACUGAGUUUCAUAGAAGUAAUGGAAAUGUGCUCAUUCCAAUUAGAACCAAUCGCUUGCUACAAAUUGAUGGCAAACACAUUGUUGGAUGAAGGAAUUUGCUACACAUUUAAUGCUUUACCGGCAAAUGAAACGUAUCGUGAAGAUGUAUCCACGGAUUUUUUCGGUCUGAGAGCACCAAAGACCUCGACAACUUGGUCCCGGGAAACAGGAUACCGGACUGCUCGGAUAGCUUCCUUUCCCCGUCAAGGCCUCUCCAGUGGGGAAUUGAACGGUGCCUUUUUUGGACUUAAAACAGCUCGAAAAAAUCAUGACCCACUAUGCUCGGGGCCGUUCACAGGAUACAAAGUGUCUAUUCACCCACCGGAUGAAAUUCCUGUUAUUGGGGAGCGAUUUCUAAGAUUGAGUCAAAUGAACGUACUUUUGGUUAAUGUGAAACCACAAAUUAUUCGAAGUUCUCAAUCAUUGAAAAACAUUUCACCAAAAGGACGAUCCUGUUAUUUCGAAGAUGAACGGUACCUUCGAUACUUUCGACGCUAUAAUCAAAUCAACUGUGCCCAUGAGUGUAUUUCCAAUCUAACGCUCAGCAAAUGUGGCUGCGUAAAGUUUUCGAUGCCUAGACUCAACGAUACUCCGGUAUGCGGCACGGAUAAGCUCGACUGUUUCAGGACAAUAUUCAUCGACAUGUACUCGGAUCGCAGGCUCAGAGAGAUUUGUGACUGUAAGCCACCGUGCAAUUCCAUAACGUACGAUACGGAAGUUUCUCAUUUAAAGUUCAAUUUCCAUAAGUACAUUGAGGCGCUCUCUUUUUCGAUGCCUGGCUACGGAGGAUAUGACAUUACGGCGAUUUCUGUUGGAUAUAAAGAACGUCAUUUCCUGGCUUUGUAUCGUCGUGAGCUCGUGAGUGUGGUUGAUGCUAUUGCGAAACUUGGAGGACUGUUUUCGUUAGCUUUAGGGAGUAGUGCUUUGAGUAUUGCCGAAAUUUUCUACUACUGUUUCAUACGGCCGCUGCGGAGAGCUACGAACAGGUUGUACAUUCGCACGAGUGACUACUCUCACAAUCUCAUCUUCUCCCGGAUGAACCUCGUAAAUUCUUCCCAUUUUCCACUUAAGUGGCGGAAGAUGAUCUUCCUGGAUUACGACCAAUCGACCAACAUCUAUCGACACUGCCGGACGCCAACGCUUUGUUCUUCCUUGUAG